AUGUACGGGCUCCUGUCCAAGCUCCGGAGCCUGGACGCGUACCCCAAGGUGAACGAGGACUUCUACAGCCGCACCCUCUCCGGCGGCGCCAUCACGCUCGCCUCCUCCUUCAUCAUGCUCCUCCUCUUCGUCUCCGAGCUCCGAUUGUAUCUUCAUGCAGUUACAGAGACAACACUAAGGGUUGAUACCUCAAGAGGAGAAAAACUUCGCAUAAAUUUUGAUAUCACCUUUCCAGCCCUUCAGUGUUCUAUAAUUAGUGUUGAUGUGAUGGACAUCAGUGGACAAGAGCACCUUGAUGUGAAACAUGAUGUAUUCAAGCAGCGAAUCGAUGCACACGGAAAAGUUAUUGCAACUAAGCAAGAUGCAGUUGGUGGGAUGAAGGUGGAAAAACCUUUACAACAUCAUGGUGGAAGGCUUGAACACAAUGAGACCUAUUGUGGCUCAUGUUAUGGUGCACAAGAAAUGAAUAGGCUGUUAAGUAGUGCUCCCACAAUGCUACCUGCAUUCAACUCUCCCGAACAAUGUUGUAACUCAUGUGAAGAUGUCCGUGAAGCAUACAGAAAAAAAGGUUGGGGCGUAUCAAAUCCAGAUUCGAUCGAUCAGUGCAAAAGCGAGGGCUUCCUUCAAACAAUAAAAGAUGAAGAAGGUGAAGGAUGCAACAUUUAUGGCAUUCUGGAAAUUAACAAGGUUGCUGGGAAUUUCCACUUUGCUCCAGGGAAAAGCUUCCAGCAGUCAAAUGUUCAUGUUCACGAUCUGCUUCCAUUCCAAAAGGAUAGCUUCAAUCUCAGCCAUAAGAUAAAUAAGUUGAGUUUUGGAGAACCCUUUCCUGGUGUGAUCAAUCCUCUUGACGGGGCGCAAUGGAUCCAGCAUUCAUCAUAUGGAAUGGCUCAAUACUUUGUUAAGGUUGUUCCCACUGUAUACUCUCACCUAAAUGAGCAAAUUAUUCUCUCCAAUCAGUUUUCUGUGACAGAACAUUCCAGAAGUGGUGAUAGUGGUCGGGUACAAGCUCUUCCUGGCGUGUUUUUCUUUUAUGACCUUUCACCAAUUAAGGUCACGUUCACGGAGCACCAUGUGUCAUUCUUACACUUCUUAACUAAUGUAUGCGCUAUUGUUGGAGGCGUGUUCACUGUUUCUGGAAUCAUAGAUUCGUUUGUCUACCAUGGCCAGAGGGCAAUCACUAAGAAGAGGGAACUCGGCAAAUUCACCUGA